CGAACUAUCAUUUCGACAAUUUCAAAGUUGAAAAACUACUGACAGGUUAUGAUACAUUGUAUUUACAUUAGUGUUCUUAAUUUUAUGCUAAUUGUGUAAUAAUAAUUUUAUAAACCAAAAAAACGAGGAAGUGUGAUAAUUAAUAAUGAGUUAUUUUUAUUGCAUACACACUGAAGUAAACGUUUACGUGUGACAGCUCUUAUUAAUAUGUCAAAUGAACAUAUAAAAAUAUCCUGUGUUUUAAGUUAUUACAAGAAAGAUUUAUAUACUUGAAUGAAAUUUAUGCAAUACAUUACGAUAUUCUGUGAGAAAGAAAAAGCCGAAAUGGUAUUUCCAACACGUAUAUCACAUAAAACAAACAGAGUUUCAUAUCAUUAUCACAAUAUCUUUGUGAUAUGUUUACUAUUAUUUACAUUGUUUGUUGUAUUGAUCUCAGUAUAUCAUAUUUUCAAGUUUGGCAACAUACAAAAACAUUCCGAACAUGUUCCUAUAACGCUGAACGAUAUAAAUGCUUUGCCUAUUCAAAUGUUAUCCAUUGACUCAGUUGAAACAGAUGCAACCAAUUCUUCCUGUACAUAUUUCACUUGUUUCAACGUGUAUCGAUGUGGUAGUCAAGGGAACAAACUGCUAGUAUAUGUCUAUCCACUUAAGACGUACUUAGAUUCUAUGGGUAAACCAAUAAUUGGUCAAAUGACAAAGGAAUUUUACCAAAUUCUGAAUGCCAUUAUUAAUAGUAAAUUUUACACUCCUAAUCCAUAUGAAGCUUGCAUUUUUAUCCCUUCUAUUGAUACCCUCAAUCAAAAUAGAUUGAGAUUGCAAGAGGUCUCUCAGGUAUUAAGAACACUACCUUAUUGGAAUAAAGGGGAGAAUCAUUUAAUCUUUAACAUGGUACCUGGAAGUGUACCAGAUUAUAACACUGUUAUUGAUGUAUCAGUAGGAAGAGCAAUGAUUGCAGGUGCUGGAAUGUCAUCACUGAUAUACAGACCUAGUUUUGACAUUAGUUUACCAAUCUAUAGCCCACUUGUAAAUAAUCUGAAAGCAAAUUAUAGUAAUAUAAGAACAUGGUUAGUAAUGUCUUCGCAGAUCAAUAUUAAUACUGCCUUUGAACAAGAUUUGAUGGAAAUCAAAACAACAUAUCCAAAAGACAUUCUAGUGCUUGGUCCAUGCCUGCAUUUUAAUCCAAUGAAUAAUACAAUACGUUGCCUGGGGGAGGAUAUAUAUAAAUAUCCAGAUAUUCUUCAAAUAGCAACAUUUUGUUUGGUAAUACGUGGUGCUAGACUUGCUCAAAGUACACUUUUAGAUGCAAUGGCGGCUGGUUGUAUACCUGUGAUUGUAGCUGACUCUCUAAUGAUGCCAUUUCAUGACGUAAUUGAUUGGACCAAAGCUGCUGUUUUUAUACGUGAAGUUGACAUUCUAUUGACAAUACAAUUGCUAAAAAAAAUAUCUCAUCAACGCAUUAUGGAAAUGCAAGAACAAAAUGCAUGGCUCUAUGAUCGUUAUUUCAGUUCGAUGGAAAAAAUUACGGAAACUACGUUAGAAAUACUUGCAGAUCGCAUAUUUCCACAUUUAACACGAGAUUAUACAUAUUGGAAUGUAUCACCCUAUAAGGGAAAGUCUUCACCACUCUUUCUUCCAGUAACUGCUCCUAAAACACGUGGCUUCACUGCUGUAAUAUUAACAUACGAUAGACUGGAAUUAUUGUUCCUAUUAAUCAAUAAACUUGUUAAAGUGCCCAGUCUAUCUAAAGUUUUGGUAAUCUGGAAUAAUCAACAUAAAGAUCCCCCACAUUCUACUAGGUGGCCAAAAGUAAGUAAACCAUUAAAAGUGAUACAAACGAAAGAAAAUAAAUUGUCUAACCGAUUUUAUCCAUAUGAUGAAAUUGAAACCGAAGCAGUAUUAUCAAUAGAUGAUGAUAUUAUUAUGUUAACCGCUGAUGAAGUAGAAUUUGCAUAUGAGGUAUGGAGAGAAUUUCCGGAUAGAAUCGUUGGAUUUCCAUCUCGUUUACAUAUGUGGGAUAAUGGUACCAAUUGUUGGAAGUAUGAAAGCGAAUGGACAAACAGUAUUUCCAUGGUUUUAACAGGGGCAGCUUUUCACCACAAAUUUUGGAAUUAUAUGUAUACUACAGCCAUGCCUGGAGAUAUAAAAGAAUGGGUAGAUGAACACAUGAAUUGCGAGGACAUCGCGAUGAAUUUUCUAGUAGCAAAUAUUACUGGAAAAGCUCCAUUAAAGGUGACACCAAAGAAAAAAUUUCGAUGUCCUGAGUGUACCAAUACCGAAAUGUUAUCCGCGGAUUUAACGCACAUGGUGGAACGUACACAAUGUAUAAAUAAAUUUUCUUCUAUUUAUGGGACUAUGCCAUUGGAAUCAGUUGAAUUUCGUGCAGAUCCAGUACUUUUUAAAGAUGUAUUCCCCGAGAAAUUGAAACGAUUCAAUGAUAUAGGUAGUUUGUAAUUGUAUAUAAUUUUAUAUUAUAACUAUAAAAAUAAAUUUGAUACAAACUACAGUAGCGAUUAUGAUUAUUUAAAGAGCAGAAUUUAGUUUACAAAAAAUGUAUAUAUUUAUCAA